AUGGCGAUUGGUCUUCAGCCUUCGUUCGUCGCCACCCACAUCAACUCUGCCGUCCCGUCUCUUACGUUACCUCCGCAAGUUUCCACCUUCCCCCUCACAUUUGCGCGCAUUCCACCCGCAAGUGUCGCGCUCACCACUUCCCCAUGCGUCCUCCCCCGCGCGCCCCUCCGCGGGGCACCUUCCCGCGCACGGAUCCGCUCAUCGCCGCGAACAGCGGCGGCACGCGCGGCAGCAGGGGGCGACGAGCCGCUUCCCGCGGGUGGCGACCCGGCGUUGGCAGCAGCGGCGUGGAAGGCGCUGGUAGCGGUGCGCGCGAGCCGGCCUCUGAUUCACUGCAUCACCAACUUCGUAUCCAUGGAUGCCGCUGCUAAUACCCUCCUCGCCGCUGGCGCCGCGCCGGCCAUGGUGCAUUCUCUAGAAGAGGUGGAGGAAUUUGCCAGCCUGGCAUCGGCGCUCUAUGUCAACAUUGGCACCCUGAGCCCCAAUUGGGUGGACUCCAUGAAACGGGCAGCCAAUGUUAUUUCUGCCCGGAAUCGGCCGUGGGUCCUGGACCCUGUGGGUUGCGGUGCCACGACGUACCGAACCAAGACCUCGGCGGAGCUCCUGGCACUGCGACCAACGGUGGUGAGAGGGAACGCAUCUGAAGUGCUUGCUCUGGCAGGCGCCGUCAGCGCAAACACCCGGGGGGUAGACAGCACAGUAGCAUCAACAGCAGCAGUGGCGGCAGCACAACAACUGGCAUCGCAGGGAGGGACAGUGGUGGCAGUGUCAGGAGCAACGGAUUUCACCACAGACGGCCACACCAUGCUGGCGUGUGGCAACGGGGUGCCUCUCCUGCAAGCCAUCACCGCCACAGGCUGCAGCGUCACUGCUCUCAUCACUGCCUUUGUUGCUGCUGCUGAUGGUCAUGGUCCUGCUUCGGAUGCGGAUCUGUCACCGCCUCUUCUCGCCACGGCCUGUGCUCUCGCUGUUUACGG